AUGUGCCAGAUGCGAUUUGCAUUGGGGAAGUUCGCGGAAGAGCAUAGUGGUGCUGCUGCUGAUUUCCGGCAUGUUUCAAUUCUUCAUUCCCGGUUUUGUGACUGUGGCAUAGUGCAGCAAAGAGUUCUGAACCACAUCAGUGAACAGCAUGAGCGGCACAUUUGUGUGCUAGCAGACAUCAAUGACAGGUUGCCGAAAGAAGCACAGAGCAUGUUGGAUGCCCUCCUGCCUCAGGGGGUCACACCAAGUGCAGAGAUUGCAGAAGCAUAUGGAAACAUGCUGAAGUGGCUGCAGGAGAAUCGAUCCUGGGUGUUCCCUGUGCAGCCGCCCCACGCCAUCUGGGCCACCGAGCGACUUCGCCGGGCCGAGCUGAACCUCGAAGACCUCUUCUUCAGCGAAUGCACCCCGCGAUAUCCCGUGCAGGACAAGCUCGGCUUCUUGGAAGAGACCCAUGAGCUUCGAAGCAUCACUGUCAGCCCGCUGAUGCUUGGCUGGCCGGUGAGAAGGAGUCGCCUUUUCACGUGCGGGCUGAACAAGCAGAGCCUGGCAUGGGUGGGCCCAGAGCCGGAGGACGUGCAAGAGGACUUCCUCAAGUUCUUCGGCGUGGACUUGCAGGCGACGGGAGAUGUAUUUCUCGUUGCAGAAGCAGAUGAGGUGCGAGACGUCCAGUCCAAAAUGGCUGCACGAAGAGGCUUUGCUGCUACGGUCAACCAGAGGCAGCUGAACAUGCACGAGAUCUAUGCGCCUGGACACCUGCUUCGCUACCAAGACUACGAGAAGCACCGUGCGGAGAGCGUGGAAUCGGGUCAGGUCUCGGGAGAGAGCUGGUUCGCCGAUUUGGACCAGAACAUGGGAAAGGGGGCUAGCACCCCCGGUCCGGUGCUGCCUUCUUGCUUGACACACGGGACACUUCAUGCCUGGAGUGUUGGGAGGUUGGUUCUGAAUGCAGAGAGAUUUUUGGCCCACGGUUUCAACAUGUACCCACAGAAGACUGGCUGGCCGCUGGCAUGCGGUAUCCAGAGUGAGCUGAGAUCCUUGACCAGCAGCCAACAGCAGCUCUUGCUGGGGAAUGGCUGGCACUUGCCGACGCUGGCUUGCUGGGUCUUCUACGUCCUGUCCCACACCGUGAAGAUUGAUCGCAUCUCAAGCAUUGAGCCAGAGAAGACGCUGCUGCAGCGAGGUGGUUCACGCCUGAGCGGCCAGAGCCGUGCGAUGUCUAGCCA